AUGGGUAAGUGUACUGUGAAAAAUAUCUUUGGCAACCACCUUUGCUUUGUAAGCAUAUCAUAAAUGCCUAGUUUUAUUUUCUCCAUGUUUUGGUAAAAUGUUUAAUGACAUCUUGAAAGCAACAAUACAGGAUAGCUCAGUUGGUAGAUGAGACUCUUAAUCUCAGUGUUGUGGGUUCAAGACCCACAUUGAGCAAGGAGAUUCCUGCAUUGCAGGAGGUUGGACUAGAUAACCCUUGUGGUCCCUUCAAACUCUACAAUUCUGUAAUUACUUGUGGUGCUUUUGUACAUAACUCUCUUUUCUGGAAUACCUCUUAGCACAGAUCAGACCGAGAUCUGCUUAGUGUUUGCAAAGUGGCUGCCUUAUGUCCCUACAAACCAAGCCCAGGAAGUUCUACAGUAUACUUGAUAACUGGCUGGAAUGAAUGGGGCAUAUGGGGGCAAGGGAAGAAACAGAACAAGGCUGCAAUCCUAUAAUCCCUUGGAAUAAAUGGCAUUGCACUCAUUAGGACUUAAUUAUAAGUAGACCUGUCCUGCAUUGUGCUGUAAAGCUUAUUUCUACUUGUUUAAUGCAUGAAAUUGUAUAUGUAUUUAAUGCCUAGCUUCUAUCAAGGAAGAGUUCCAAAUGACAUGUACUAUACCAAAGAACAAAAGCCAUUUGGUUGAAAUAAUGCACCAGCCACCUGCAACUGCUUUCUGUUAGUUUCUAUCAACAAUGCUGAGAUGAAGGAAAUAUUUCCCUUGUUUCUAGGUGAAGUUGCAAAUCUUGCAUUUUCAUAUUGAUAUAAUAGGAAGUUAACAGAGUUUAAACAUCAAUGAGAAAACACUUCAGUAGUUUCAAGGAUUUCAGAUUAGUAGAUCAGCACCCAUCCAAUGUGAAAAGGUGCUGAGCAACUAAGGAGAUAAAAGCUAGAAGAAGAGCCCUGCUGGAUCAGAAGAAAGACAUAGUUAGUCUAGCAUCCUGUUUCCCACAGUGACCAGCCAGAUGUCUGUGGCAGUGGUAGGUAGCCUCUGGCCAGCCACAUCCUUGUCUAGCCAACUAGGCCUGUUCCAGCAGAUCCCACUCACUUCCUGGUCAUCCCAUGCCAUUUUAUGGAGCUUGAACAUAAGGCCUUAAAUUGCAGGCAGAGCUGUCUCUUUUGUCCAAUCUCAGUGCUAAGAUUGGAGAUAAGCCCUCUGCCUGCUCUUUCAGAGUAAAAGGCAGCAUUUCCAUUAACCCCAGCAUCAAAGUGGGGGUGGAGAAAAAUACUCCCUUCUACUUUUAUCUCUGAGCUUAGCACCAUGGUGCUUCGUGCCAAGAUCAGGUGAUUAAACCCCUCUGCCAACUCUUUAGAGAUCUUCCAGUGCUGGAGUGAAGAAGCCUGGAAAUGCUGAAAAUGUAUUUAUGUGUGCCUGCAUGUCUGGUGUAUGAAUGUGUUUGUCUGCAUGUAUGUAUGUAUGUGUGGGAGAGAAAGGAAGAGUGCUGUGUACAUGCAUGACUGUUGCAUAUGUGUUUCUGAUAAUGGAAGAAUAGAAGUACAUGCAUUUUUCUUUUGGGUGUUUAUUUUUUCCACAUUGCCAACUCAGACCCCAACAGUGUAAUAUGAAGUUAGGAUUUUUUGCCCCAAAGUCUACCACUUUACACCUAGUUGCAUUGAAUCACAUUGACCUGGAAAAGGCUAUAGCUUAGCGGCACUGCACUUUCUUUGCAUGCAGAAGGUAUUAGAUUCAAUCCCUGGUAUCUCCAGGUAGGACUGGAAAAGCCUGUUGUCUGAAAUCAUAGAGAGCUGCUGCCAGUAUGUGUCGAUACUGAGCUAGAUGCACCAGUGGUCUUGCUUGGUAUAUUGUAGCUUCCUAUAUUUCUUCCAUCCACUUCACUGAUCACUCCUAACUCCAGGUCAUUCAUGAACAAGUUAAGUAUCCCAACAUAGAUCCUUGCAGACAUGUCUUGCAUCCCUUCAUUGUGAGAACUGUCUGUGAAUUCCAACUCAUUGCUUCCUGUUUUUUAACCAGGUGCUGAUUUCACAAGAAGAUCUUUCCUCUUAUCUCACUACUAUUAAGUUUGCUCAGGAGUCUUUGGUCAAAAAGUUAUUGGAGCACUUUGACUGUGUUAGUGUUUCUAGUGUUCUUGCAUUUCUUAAUUUACUGUUCUUAAUUUAACAUAUAAUUAAACAUUAAAAUGAAAUUUAAUAUUUUCUCAUUCAUUUAUUCCUACGCUUUCUAACAUACAUUAAUUGAAGUAGAAUAAUAAUUGUGUAUUAUAGAUGGAGAAGAGAAGACAUAUGGGGGCUGUGAAGGCCCUGAUGCUAUGUAUGUGAAAUUGAUAUCCUCGGAUGGCCAUGAGUUCAUAGUUAAAAGAGAGCAUGCACUCACAUCGGGAACAAUAAAAGCUAUGUUGAGUGGUCCAGGUAGGUUCAAUGAAGUGUAGCUUACCCCAAAAAGGCAUACAUUUGGAUUUCAUUGUGGUUUUCUGUUGCUUGUGAUGUGUGCACUAGAAUAAACCAAUUUUCCAGCUUCUUAAUUAAAGAAGCUCACUUUUCUUCUUUUUAUUUCUAUGCCUGUCAAAGGUAAUGUGGCCAACAACUUCAUGUACAUGAAACAAUAAACAUAUUUUGUAAUCUAAGCCUUUAUCUAUACUGACCACUUGAAACACCCUUGUACACCACUGUGCUUGAGUACCAAAGGCUAGUAUCUUUUUUCUUUUUCUUUUUUCCCCAAUUCAUAAAGAAGAGUGUAUUUUAUUUCAGACUUAAAACAAAACUAUUACGGCAUUCCAAACAGUGUUCUUCUUUACUUUCUUAUUCUUAUGUCCCUUUCUCUAUCUCUGCUACCACCCCACACUCAAGGACCAAGUGCCCUAACUGUCUCUCUAUUACCAACUGCCUUUCCCAACCAGCCAACCCACUCUAACCAACCAACUACCCACCCACCCACAACUCCCAACGAACUAACUCCCAGAACUCCUCUCAGAACUCCUUUACUUGUUUAUGUAUGUAUAUAGAUAGAUAUAAAAAAAACCCCAAAACCGCAUACAAAACUGUUUGAUCAGGAGUGUAACUUUAAGAAGUUAACCCUCCUGAAUCGAAACUUCUUAAGGGGGGAGGUAUGUGACGUUACCAUAUAUGAGAGAGUGCUGGAGGGGAAAUAGUUAAAUAGGUUGCACCGACAGGACCCAGGGGGGUGCACUCAGUGGGUCUAUAAAGGCUAGUAUCUUUUUUCAGCUAAGAUUUGAGUUUGUUUUCCUUAUAUAAUUCCUCUUUGCUUCUUUAAGUGGGUGAUAAACCCAAGAGGUCUAUAAUAGUUGAUUUGAUCAAUGACAUAUUUUGUAGAAAGAACAAUAGACUCUGAAUAAUUCAUUCGUUCUUGUUAUUAUGAAUAAAAAUUAUUUAUAUAACAAUGUACAUGGUACUUUGCAGAGAAUGAGAGGCAUGAACUUUCUAGAUAUCAGUGAAAAGGGAAAUGACAGGAAAUCCCAACUUUUCAUUAAAAAAUAGACAUAGUGGCUAACAAUAAAAUCCAGUUCAUAAUAAUAGAUAAGCUGCAUCCCAAAAAAACAUUGCCUCCCAAAUUAGGCUUAAUUACAAUUGUAUAUGGGGACUAGUAAAUUAUGCCAAAGUCUUCACAGAGAAAGUAAAGGAAAUAUGAAGGAAACAUGAGAGGUAGCAUCAUGGAGAUGUUUUGGGAAACUGUUCCAGACACAAGAUAAGGUGAAAUCAUUUGAUGGAAUAUGUCGCAGGCAAGGAUGUGUUGAGAUACAACACUAGAGACAUACAUAUUAAAACCAUACUUAUUGUCAAAUUUUAGAAUUAUUUUUUAAGUACUUAUAUGAUGGCUUCCUUAAAUUAACUGGCAUAUAUGGAUAUAUUAUGUCACCUUUUAAAUUUGGCCUGGACUUCUAAUAUAAAGUUCUAAGAGGAAAAGCCAAAAUAGAUUAACAUUUGCAAUGCUCAAUCCAUGUCUUUUUCUAUAAGCCCUGUGGUUUGAGAAAACUGUUGGUCCACAGGCCAAACUUGACCUGCCAGGGGUUCAAAUUUGCUCUGUGAGGGUGUUUUCCCCAAACUGGUUUAGCUUAGCAUUUUAUCCAAACCCAGGCUUGUGGUUUGUCGCUUUUCAGAACAAACCUUGGCUACAGCUCAUGGUUGGUUUGUUUGUUUGUUGAAUGUAAUGCUAAGCCAAACCAUUGCUUAGCUCCAGAUGGUGUGGGGAGGAGUGAAGCAGCCAAAAUUUAUCCACCAUGUACCCUCAUUCUCUCAUUCUUGAUUAGCGUUAUGUCAUCAUCAUUUUAUUUGUAUGCCACUUUUCCAUAGUUAAAACCAUGCUCAAGGCGGUUUACAACAUAAAAAGAUUUACAUAAUCACAAACAUAACAAAACUAGUUAUAAAUACAAAACUAGUCAUAAAUAAAUAAAAAACAUCAAAAAGUACAGAACCAAACUGAAGCAGGGUCACUGAUGUGGAAAUUAAAUAUCAAUUCUCAAAAUGGAAUAAGUAGAAUCCAUGACAGCCAACCUUCUCCUUAACCAACUUACUGCUUUCUUUUGGCGUAGUCCUCUGAUAAUUUUUAGAUUGUAUGUAAACAAUGGCCGGGCUCCAAAGAACUAAUUUAAGUGUACUUAAGGGUUCUCAUUCACCUGAAGUGUGUGACUAGUUCAUUUUUCUUUGAACAGCAUUUAUUUGUCAUGUAGAAAAACUCCUGUUAGAACUCCCCUGAGUUCUCAGAAGCUACUUUUUCUGUGACAUGUUCAUGUAUGUGGGGUGGAGUUGGGUAAGAGGUUACCAUUCAAGAAAAAAGAAGUCCAGAAUCCAUUUGAGUGCCCCAAACUAACUGCCAUUCUUUGUACUAGUGCUGAAAAGGGCACUGCCUGGUUAACUUGUUUUUACAGCUUCUGUUGUGUUCAAGAUUUCACUCUGAUCAGCCCACUAGUACCUUCUCACGUGAAAACUGUCAUAAGAGCUGGUUUUGUAGGAUAAAUAUUGUUAAAAUAUUCUUCUGAAUAAAAUAUUCAUAAAAUAAAAAUAUUGUUUCUUUAGCUGGUCAAAAUUGAAGUAAUUUUAAAGCAUAAAGGAGAUACAGCAUUCUUAAAAUGCUCAGGUUCAACUGGCCAAGAACUCUACCAAAUAAUACACAACGUUUUGUUGAAAUGUUUACUUGCAGAAAGAUCUGUGUGCUCAUUUGUCUCUUUUAUGUACACAGGACAAUUUGCCGAAAAUGAAACAAAUGAAGUGAAUUUCAGAGAGAUUCCUUCCCACGUCCUAUCCAAAGUAUGCAUGUAUUUCACCUAUAAGGUUCGCUACACUAACAGCUCUACAGAGAUCCCUGAAUUUCCAAUUGCACCUGAAAUUGCACUGGAACUGCUGAUGGCCGCAAACUUCUUAGAUUGUUAA